UGAUCUAAUUUUCUUCAAUGUCCAUAAAAACCUAAACCCUACUUUCUUUCUCCACCUUCCUCCCUCUACACUCUCACCAACUCAAAACACUCCCAGAGAGUAUCAACCGAUAAAGGUAUAAUCUGUCGCCAUGGAAAUCGGUUGUAGAGCUAACGCAGAGCUAUUGAGAUGUGUUCCAUUCUCAACUAAAUCAUCCUCCGAUCAAAACCUGCCGAAAUCAAAUCUGUAUAAACCUAGUUUAUCAUCUUCUUUCUCCAAAACAUCUCAAAGUGUAUCAAAACAAAUAAGAAUGAAGAAAGCUUCUUCUUCUGUAGUUUUAAAAGCUAAAAAGGAAGAUGAAAAUGAAGAUUUGGAGAGUAUGACAUAUAAAGAGGCUGGUGUGGAUAUUGAUGCUGGGUCUGAGCUUGUUCGUAGAAUUGCAAAGAUGGCACCAGGAAUUGGAGGUUUUGGUGGCCUGUUUCCUCUGGGGGAUUCAUACCUUGUUGCUGGUACUGACGGUGUUGGAACCAAACUUAAGCUUGCUUUUGAAACAAAUAUCCAUGACACUAUUGGGAUAGACCUUGUUGCCAUGAGUGUCAAUGAUAUUAUCACAUCUGGAGCAAAGCCUUUAUUCUUCCUUGAUUACUUCGCUACUAGCCGUCUUGAUGUUGACCUGGCUGAAAAGGUUAUAAAAGGCAUCGUUGAUGGAUGCAAACUAUCUGACUGCGCUCUUUUAGGUGGGGAGACAGCUGAAAUGCCAGGUUUCUACGCUGAGGGGGAAUAUGAUCUCAGUGGUUUUGCGGUUGGAAUUGUGAAGAAGGAUUCUGUCAUUGAUGGGAAAAACAUUGGGGUUGGAGAUGUUCUCAUUGGCCUUCCAUCUAGUGGAGUUCAUUCUAAUGGGUUUUCUCUUGUUAGAAGGGUCCUGGCUCGAAGUGAGCUUACACUGGAAUCACAGCUUCCUGGAAAACAAACCACAUUGGGUGAAGCUCUAAUGGCGCCGACUGUCAUCUACGUUAAGCAGGUUCUGAACAUUAUCAGCAAAGGUGGGGUGAAAGGCAUAGCCCAUAUCACAGGUGGUGGGUUCACAGAUAAUAUACCUAGGGUCUUCCCAAAGGGCCUUGGAGCUUCAAUUUAUAAAAAUUCUUGGGAUAUCCCUCCCGUGUUCAAGUGGAUCCAAGAGGCUGGAAGAGUUGAAGAGGCUGAAAUGAUGCGAACGUUCAACAUGGGAAUUGGCAUGGUUCUCGUUGUUAGCUCCGAGGCCGCUGAUAGGAUACUUGAAGAAGAAAGACAGGAAGGCAAUGUGGUGUAUCGCAUUGGUGAGGUCGUAAAUGGAGAAGGCGUGAGUUACUGCUAGUCAAUUGUAACAUGUUAAUUUAUAUUAUAUUGUGUUCUCAGUUAGUUAUUUGUAAACCCAUUUACACUUUCCAGUUUGGUUUUAGAGAAGCUAAGGUUUCUCAUAAUUUAAGAAGCAACCCAUUUCGAUAGCAGUAAUAGCAGUAAAAGAAGCUGAAGGCGGCUUCCUUUUGCAGAUUUCCAAA